AUGUCUUCGAUUUCCUCGGGAAAUAGCAACUACAAUAAGCCCACGGUGACUCACGAGUCCAUCAGAGAUGAGGAGGGUGUGAAUAAAAAACUACAGGAGAACAGCAACGGGGUCAGCUACGAUGAGGCGCUGUUGAAGCCGAAUUUCAAUGAUUCGUCGUCUAUGGAUGUGGAGGAUAAAGGCGACAAUGGCGAGUCUGCCAACGUGUUGGGACAGUACACGACAAAACAGGUGAUGGAAAUGGGCAGACACUUUGCCAAGAAAUACGAUUUGCCCAACGAGGACGACAUGUUCGGACGGGCGGCUGCGCUGGCCAGGAAUCCGAACGAGUUCGACCGGAUGGACUUCCUGUCGGAAGACGAAAGGAUGGCGUGCUGGGAUGAGAUUCACAAACCAUGGAGCUCGAUGACGAAAAAAUUGAUGCAGAUUAUAUGCGCGUCUGCGUUGUCUGCCGCUGUGCAGGGUAUGGAUGAAACGGUGAUUAACGGUGCGAUGUUGUUCUACCCAGCGGUUCUGGGACUGGGCGCCGGUACCAAAAGAGACAACUGGAUUUUGGGUUUGGUUAAUGGUGCGCCUUAUUUGUGUUGCGCGGGAUUCUCCUGCUGGACGACGGAUUGGUUGAACAACAGAUUGGGGAGGAAAAACGUCAUCUUCGUUACGUGUCUGAUUUCUGCUAUUUCGUGUUUCUUACAGGGAUUUGGGCCAACGGGUGUCUCUGGAUGGCAUUACCUUUUUGCCAUGAGACUAGUUUUAGGUCUUGGUCUAGGCCCAAAGAGCGCAACCACAAACGUUUACCUUGCUGAAUGUGCAUCCAAACAAAUCAGAGGAUCUGUGACGAUGAUGUGGCAACUUAAUACUGCGCUGGGUAUCAUGUGGGGUUACGUCUUUUCGUUGAUUUUCUAUCGUGUUCCUGCUCGUGGUAUCGGUGGUGGUUUAAACUGGAGAUUGAUGCUGGGCAGUGCAAUGAUACCUGCAGUUUUAGUUUUAUUCCAAAUUCCGUAUUGUCCAGAAUCCCCUCGUUGGCUCAUGGGUAAGAAUAGGUAUAAAGAGGCAUUUGAAGCCACAACGCAGAUUAGGCCUCAUAGGAUAUUGGCUUGUAGAGAUAUCUUUUAUCAGCAUAUUUUGAUGAUGGAGGAGGAAUCAUUGUCAUUACCGUUCAUGACUAGAUUGAAAGAAAUGGUCACUGUUAGAAGAAACAGAAAUGGUUUAAUUGCAUCGUGUAUUUGUGCCUUCAUGCAACAAUUUUGUGGUAUUAAUGUUAUAGCGUAUUAUUCAUCGAGUAUUUUCUUGGCUGGUGGAUUCUCGGAGAUUUCUUCCCUAUGUGCCUCAUUAGGCUUUGGUUUGAUCAAUUUCUUCUUUUGUUUUCCAGCAUUUUUGAUGAUUGACAAGUAUGGGAGAAGAUUUUUGUUAUUGCAAACAUUCCCAUGGUUAUCGUUAUUUCUAUUGAUUGCUGGUUUCGCAUUUUGGAUUCCUAAUGAUCAAGCAAGGAUUGGCGUUGUUACAAUGGGUAUUUACGUCUUUUCAGCGAUUUAUAGUUUCAGUUGUGGUCCGGUACCAUUUAUUGUCGCUGCUGAAUCUGCAAAUCUUGCUUCGAGAUCGUUGAAUUCUUCAAUAUUUACUGUGGUUCUUUGGGGUUUCAAUUUUAUCUUAAGUGUCACAUGGCCAACAAUGAGAGUUGCCAUGAAAGAACAAGGUGCUUUUGGGUUUUAUGCAUUUUGGAAUCUAGCUGGUUGGUUUAUGGUUUAUUUCUUACUUCCUGAAACGAAACAAUUAACUUUGGAAGAAUUAGACGAAGUGUUUGAUGUACCACUAAGAACAAGAAUUAAACAUGAAUUCUUGGAGUUGUGGCCAAAUUUCCAAACGACAAUCUUGAGAAGAAGAAAUGUUAAGAGACAACCACCUUUGGGUCCACAAAAGAGAAUGGCAUUACGCUCUGAAGGAUGGAAUGAAAAACCAGAAACAGAGUUUGUUGAGAACGCAGACUGA